AAAUAACUUAGGUUCAGCUUGUCACAGAGUACAUGGGGCCUUGUGUAUAGGCCCUGAUCCUGUUUGCCCUUGAAGUCGUUGGCAAAAGUCCCGUUAACUUCAAUAGGAACAUGAACAGAUGCUAUGGCCCUAAUCCUGCAAUUAAAUCCUUGUGUGUAGCAGACGUGUCUCAAUGUGCAGCCCCGUUCCUUUCCGUUGGGCUUUAUGUGAAUGAAGGGGUCCAUCCCCACAGAUCCAAUUGCAGGAUUGGGUCACAGUUUCUGUGAAAGCAAAGUUAGCUGGAGUAAGACUCUCUGACCACCACUCUCCUGGAGCCUUGCUGGAAAUGGGACAUUUAUCUCAUGAGGCUGUCAGAGCGCACAACCCUGCCAAUAGAUAUUUAUUGUUACAUUUGUGAGGCUUUAGAUGUAUAGCUACCAAGCCUUAAAAUUAAGGUAAUACAGACAACUUUAAAACCACCCUUCUCUACGUGAAUUCUUUACCUUGGUUGUUAUCAACAACACUUAAGGUGACUAUGGCUGAAAGAGAAUACAGGAGAAAAAAGAUUUGUCACUGCCUUUUUUCCAUUGAUUGACUUUGUGGCAUUUGACAGCACUUUGCAUAUAGCCUUUCCCCCGUCAUUUGUUUGGGUCUUUCACACCUCAACGGGAAGGCCAACUAAUUUUUAAAUGUAGGAAAGUGUGGUUGCAAAGCCCUGGACAUUGACAGCAUGUCUUAGGGAUAGAUGGAUUGUUAACUCUAAAAAAUGAUCUUGUGUUGACUGUCUCUUUAAGUGUUAAGGGGAGUGGCUAGUGAUGCUAAAACUAUGUAAGUGAAAGAGAGAGGAGAGAAAGGUCAGAAGAAGGGGAGGAGUGUUUCUGGCAAGUGAUACCCAGUUUGCUAAGUGGAUGAUAUUAGUAUUUCAGUGCUGGGUUAGGUCUUUAGUUUUCCUUUUGCAGAUCAUAUCCUUAAAGGAGGAGUAAAGAAGUAAAAUCCCCCCACUUCUUGUCCAUCACUUCCUCAAAUUCCAGUGCAACUGCGUCAAACAUCAUGUUCCCGAGCAGGGUCAGCUCCUUUGAGGACAACCUUCUAGGAGGGAUUGCCACGUAACAGCAGAGCAGAUUACAAAUUCCGGCCAGUGACGAAAGGUAGCAUCUAAACAGGCCGGCUCCCUGCGCACAGGGCGGAGGUUGACGGCGCUUGGGACACUGCACUCACCCUUGAGGCGCUCUUCGUUCAUUCCCCCCAAGGCUUUGGGGAGGAUGAUCCCACCUGGGAAAGUGCUUUGUACUGCUGGGAUUAUAGUUGGGCUCCUGGCUUUCUUCUGGAGAGACACCUUUAACCCAGACAGCAUCUCUGGUGCCCGAGUUCUCCUGACCGGAGCCAGCGCUGGGAUCGGAGAGCAGAUGGCAUAUCAUUACUCCAGGUUUGGUGCUGAAAUAGUUCUGACUGCCAGGAGGGAAACCCUGCUGCAGAAAGUGACGGAGAAAUGCCUGCAGCUAGGGGCAAAGAAAGUCUUUUACAUCCAGGCCGAUAUGUCUUCCCCUCAAGCCCCAGAAAAGGUGGUGCAGUUUGCUUUGCAAAAACUGGGGGGACUGGAUCACCUGGUGCUGAACCACAUUGGCGGGACCCCUUUCCAGAUGUGGGAUGGAGACGUGGAACACACCCGCUGGCUCAUGCAGGUGAAUUUCCUGAGUUACGUGGCCUUGGCAUCUGCAGCUCUUCCCAUCUUGGCUGAGAGUAAAGGAUCUCUGAUUGUGGUUUCUUCCCUCACAGGGAAAAUCUCAACUCCCUUCACAAUCUCUUACUCCGCCACCAAGUUCGCUCUGGACGGAUUCUUUAGCUCCCUGCGCCAUGAGCUCGCCAUGCAGAAGCAAGAUGUGUGCAUCACCCUCUGCAUCUUGGGGCUGAUCGACACCGAAAUGGCUUUGGAGAAGACGAGGGGCAAAGUGUACAUGAGCGCCUAUCCCGCUGCUGAAGCCGCGCUGACCAUCAUCAAAGGCGGAGCCACCAGGGCACGGGAGGUGUUCUACCCCUGGUGGCUGGAGCUGCUGUGCCACCUGCGGGAUUGGUUCCCCAACCAGAGGGAUGUCGUUAUACAGAGCUUCUAUAACUACACCAGCGCCUGAGGGAUGCAGAGCUGCCAUUCCCUUCGCCCUGCAGAUACAGGCGCAAGGCCCUCGCCUCCUGCUGAGGUCAAGGUCAGCCAUUGGCUUCAGUGCGAGCAGCUUUGGGUUCUGGAACAAAAAAUGUCAAGAAAUCAUUGGAUAAGGGUCCAGUAGCAACCUUAGCUCUGAUCCCUCCUCUGUCCCCAUCAACCUUAUCUCUCACCCCUCCUCUGUCCACAUCAACCUUAACUUUGACCCGUCCUCUGUCCCCAUCAACCUUAGCUCUGAUCCCUCCUCUGUCCCCAUCAACCUUAACUUUGACCCGUCCUCUGUCCCCAUCAACCUUAGCUCUGACCCCUCCUUUGUCCCCAUCAACCUUAGCUCUGAUCCCUCCUUCAUCCGUAUCAAUGUCUGACCCUUCCUUCCUCCCCAUCAACCAGUCUCUAACCCUUCUUCCAUCCCCAUCAACCUUAACUCCGACCCCCCUCCAUCCUUUUGAACAUCUGACUGCUCCUCCCUUCCCAUCAACCUUAACUCUGACCCCUACUCUGUCCCCAUCAGCCAUAACUCUUUACCCAUUCUGCUCCCUGUUUAUAUUCCAUGCAUGCUCCAAAGACCUUACACAGUCGUCUGACCAACGCUGCCUCAGCUUCUCAUACCCCUGCCCCUUGCCGCGUUGACUCCAGCCUCUGCGGCCUCACCCAUCCAUUCAUAUGGGCUGGAGUCUCCCCUUUGCCCCAGCCCACGAUGUCCCAGGGCUAGGGAUAAAGACUCCCCAUUUCUCCGAUGCAGGAUAGAAACCAUCCUCCCAGCUGUGUCACCCCCACCUCAAAGACAAUCCCCCCUCCUCCGUAGGAGACAGACCUUCCCAGUGGGGUAAAGCCUGGAGUCCCUCCCACCCCGUUCUAAGGGCUCAGGGCCCUGGGAUUGGCGAGCAGGGGGCUUGGACACCUUUCCGGAGGGACAUAUGUUCACCAUAAAAGAUGGACGAUGGCCCCUUCCCCAACCCCAGGCCAGCUCCAUUCGGCCUCUUCUCCCCUUCCCUUCUUGGCCAAUAAGACAUGGGUGCUAGCCCAGAAGUCCCCCUUGUGUGCGAGUCAGGGGUUUCCCCCGGCUAUCACUGAGCAAGGAGAAAGUGGGGUGCUCCGCUCGGGGAUGGGGGGAUUUGCUUGGAGGUCUCUCCCCGGCCUGGUUGGCCAGAGCAACAGGCAGAGACAAUGCUCCCAGCUCCUGCCCCCUGCUGGCUGGUAAUGAAAGGGAAUGCAGAAGAACCAGUAUGCGCCCAACAUGUGACCACAUCCUACCGGCCGGGUUCAGGGUUCAGCCAGCACACCCUUCCCAG